AUGGACCCCACACGGGAUGCAAACGAGUAUCCGUUCAGUUACGAGGAUGACGAUGACGACGACGACGACGAUGACCCGGCGGCACCACCGCCAGAUAUUCACUCGAAGCUGAGAGCCCUGCCUACGCAUCGCAGUAACAAGACUAAAGUGCGCGGCCUGGAGCGCAUGAUCAAUGCCGGUGACGUGCUGCAUCGCGUGGUGGGCGAGCGCUCCGCCGAGCCGUUUCCCGCGCCGCCGGCCAUGCCUGUGGGGCUGGAAACAGAGUUGUUGGAGGGGCUGCAGGAGUACGGGUUGAAUGCGGAGAGGAUGAAGAGGGAGGAAGAGGAGAAGGAGAAGGAGGCGGCAUCGCGUGUGCCGUGUGAGGAAGAAGAAGAAGAAGAGGAGGAGGAGGAGGCGGCCGGGGCGGCACUGCAGGAGGAGUCGUCGAGUAGUGUGGAGUGGGAUGCUGGGAUUGAAGAAGAAGAAAUUGUUGGUUCGUCUUCGUCUCCAUCGUUGCCGUCGUUACCGCCUACUGGUGGUGACAAGGGAAAGGGGAAAUGUCCGGUGGGGGCAGAGGACGACCCGGGAGAUCCAAUGGAGGGCGUCGAGAGUACCGGGCAUCUGCACGGCACGACUGCAACGCCUGAGCAGCUAUUUAUGGGCCCAAUUGAGGAUAUCGGCGGCGGCAUGCAUGUUGAUGAAGAGGUGGGUUCGGUUCGGAUGUGUGGUGAGGCGAGUGGGAGCGCGGCUACGCAUACACCGGCUGAGAAUGCUGCAUCUCGGGACAAAGGUAAAGGUCGUGCGCUGGAGUUUCCAUCGGGGCCUGCUCCAGGGCCGACGCCACUGGCCUUUCCUUCUUUUGGAAGUUUUGACUACGUUCGAAGUAGUCCUCCCGGCGGGAGUAGUGCUUUCGCUGGAUACGGGCUGGCAUCUGGGCUAUUCGAUGUCUUUGCACGGUUCCGGGUUCCUCCUUCUAAGAGCAGUUCGUCCGACCACGCCGAGCAGAGUAUCGGCUACGACGCUCUUUUCGGCCCAAGUCUGCAUGCUGCUGCAAGCUCAUCUGGGAGCAGCAGCAGCAGUAGCAGUCCCGCGCCGCUGUUCCCCUCUCCUCGCUUCGGGCGCGAAGCCUGGGACGACGACAAUGCCAACGCAGGCCAGAGCUCGAGCUUGAGAGUGACUGUCAACCCGUCGUCGCUGUCGCCGGCCUUUUCCAACCAAAACUUCUUCCAGGGGACAUUGCAGCCACGCAGACCAGUCAACAGACCGAAAAUCGUCAUCACUCCCGCAACACCGACCGGUUCGCCUCCGAAAAGAAAGCGCGAGCUGCCACCAGACGACGACGACGGCGAGCCCCCCCGACCGCCUCGCAAGGACACUUUCAAUUAUAAUACCAGCGGUCUUCCGGUUCUUCCCGCGUCAAGUAAAGCGCUCUGGACAACGUCCUUUACAGGGCAUACGCCUGGGCUGCUGAACACGCUCCUCACGUGGACGCACGCCAUGCGCAGCCUGUCCCACCGUCUCCGCAAUUAUCGUGCGUUCGCCGCACACCCUGCGUUCCCACUUCUGAUCAUGCCGCCGAUAUACGAGCGCCUUGUUAGUGUUGGCUUCUACAGCAACAGCAGCAACAACACUGCGGCGCACGAGGAAGUGCGCUUUCUGGGCCCGGACGACGCGGCCGAAAUGGUGUACGCCGAAGUCGAUGUUUUCCGUACAAACGCCGAUGUUUCUGCGUUGCACGAGAAGGAAAGACGCAACUCGGCGUAUGCGAAUAUGAUGAAGCGAUUUGGGCUGAGCGAGGAGAUGGGCAGCGGUGACGAAGAGCCCAGUCGACGCAUGGAUCAGACCCACCUUGUAAUGACGGGGGAGGGCCGCUGGGCCUACAUUUUCAUCCGCGGCCAUACGAUGGGCAAGGGGAAAGAACCACAGCAGCAGCAGCAGCAGCAAGAGGGUGAGAACAAGCAGGGCGAUGAGCACAAACAGGAAGAAGAAGUCGCGCCGCAUGUUGUGCUUGCUUGGCACUGCUCUGCUCGUACGCAGGGCUACACUGGUUUGCACACUGUGCUUCCUGACCCCGAUCUUCCGGUACAACUGCCCAAUCCUCUUCCUCCAUCUACGCAGUCGCUGCGCCGCUUUGUGUCGCUUCAGAACAUGCGGAAUCAGGUUGAUAGAGUCAAUCGACUGCAUCGCGAGUUACGCUCAGCCAGCAGUUCGGAGCCACCGAAACCGAAUGCACUUGACGUUGCGCAAGACGUAGUGGGCGCAAAGAUGUUCCAGCGGACGGUGGUCAAGUUUGAAAAAUCGGGGAGUGUGCCGUUGAUAGAUGGGUACAGAGUCGACGUGAGAAGGUUUCGGGCAUGGAUGGAUGCCGUGGGGCGGGGCGAGGGUAAAAUUGUUUUUUGGAGGGAGUUUUCUCGGACUUGA